AUGUCGGCGUCGUCGCUAAUGGAAGACCUCGUAGAGCAAAUCCUUCUCCGCCUCCCGCCGGAAGAUCCCGCGUGCCUCGUGCGCGCGUCGCUCGUCUGCAAACCCUGGCGUCGCCUCGUCGCUGGUCCCACCUUCCGCCGCCGCUACCGCGAGUUCCACCGGAGACCUCACCUGCUGGGCAUCCUCCAAAUCCUGCAAGGUGGUGAACCUUACUAUUCCCGAUUCGUCCCAACCUCCGUCUUUCGCGUUGUCGAUCCCGUCCUUCCAUGUUGGUUGGUUGUCGACUGCCGCCACGGCCGGGCCCUCUUCGCCACCACAAACGCGCAGAUCAAGGGGACCUUGGACCUCGUCGUCUGGGAACCCAUGACGGACGACCAACGCCGGGUUCCCCAGCCCUCGCCGGAGCCGGAGGACUACGUCGACUACGCAGCGGCGGUGCUCUGUGCCGCGGAAGGCUGCGACCACUGCGGCUGCGAGGGUGGGCCCUUCCGCGUGGCCUUCCUAUCCACCGACAAGGGGAAGGGGGUGACCUCCGCCCGCCUCUACUCCUCGGAGACUGGCGCGUGGAACGAGAUCACCUCUCUUCAUCACCCCGGGGCCAAUGCCCACUUUGCAGCUAGCGUCCAUGUGGGGGACGCGCUCUACUUCCGCGGCUUCUUGGAUUACACCAUCGAGUACCAACUUACUACAGCCCGCUUGUCCGUGUUGGAGGCGCUGGCCGAGUGUGAUGGAAGGCUCGUGACAAUGGAGGACGGUGGCCUGGGAUUCGCCGCUGUGGAUAACACCAUCAUAACCCUGUGGGCAAGGGAGACUGGCUCUGGCGCCGAGGGGGCAGAGACAUGGACGCAACGCAGGGUAAUCGAUCUCAAGACGCUGCUUUCUGAAGACGCCCUCUCACACUCAAUUAACGGAAUCAAAUACUAUAGUUGGAUUCCCGUUGUAUCUGUGGUCGGCUUUGCGGAGGGCACCGACGCCAUUUUUGUUGGCACCAUUGCUUGCGUCUACAUGAUUGAACUCAAGUCAGGCCGAGUCACCAAGGUGCUCGAUGAAUUUAGGAGAGUCUGCCCCUACAUGAGCUUCUACAUUCCAGAAAUGGAAGUAGCUUCAACAGCUGAGGGACCAAAUUAA